UUUAAACCUAAGUUAAGCCUAAAAUGGAAAUUGGGAAGGUAGACUUGAGUCAGUUCGAACAGACUUAUGAGCUUAUGGAGGAGGUUAAGCACCAGUUUGGCCCACAGGAGUACUUCUACAUGGGGUAUCUGGCCAGCCAGAAUAGUGAAGGAGAUGAAGAUUUAGAAGCCUUAGAGAACGCUAUCGCAGUAGUGGCAGAUUUAUCCUUCGGAGCCCAGGAACAAGAACUUAGUGAGAAGCAGAAGGCUCUGAUGUACUAUAAUGAAUUCAUCAGACAAAGCCAUCAUGACGAUGACUCAGAGAAAGAAGAAUCAAAAGUAGAGGAGGCUAAAAUGGAAAUUCAGGAUCAGCCUCAUGCUUUAGAAGAUAUCUACCCGAGAGAUCAAUACCCAGAACUAUAUGAAGAAGAGAAAAUCGACCCUCCAGAUGCCUCUGCUGAAGAAGUUCAGCAAGAAGUUAUUGGAGAAUGCAAAAUCUGCCUCAUGGAAAUUGAGUAUCAAGAGGCUUACUCCAUCGAUCAGUGCGGUCAUUUGUUCCACAAAGAUUGUCUAGAAAUGCACCUGACUACUUCAAUUGACCAGAACAAGAUUCCUAUUCAGUGUCCGAUUGAAGACUGCAAUCUAGAGCUUGGGAUGGCCACAUUCAAAGAUCUCCUUGAUGAAAACUACAUUGAAAGAUUUAACUUGUUCUCUUUCAAACUAGGUGUUCAGAAGCAAGCUCAGAACUUCAUCAACUGUCCAAGUGACAACUGAGAAUAUGUCUUCUGUCUGGACGAUGAAGAUGAGAAGGGCUAUUUCCAAUGCCCAAUGUGAACCAAAGAAUAUUGCAUUGAUUGAGAGACCAAAUGGCAUCCAGGCAUGACAUGAGCAAAGAACAAAGAAUUAAAUGGAAGUGAAAAGCUGGACAUUAAUGACAAGAAAGCUAUAGACUUUGCUCUGAAAGAGAAUAUGAAGAGGUGCCCACAAUGCAAGAUCUGGGUAUAUAAGAUCACUGGCUGUAACGCGAUGACCUGCAGAUGAGGAGCAUCCUUUUGAUAUCACUGUGGCAAGCAAUAUAACGAUGCUCAUAAGUGUCAAUGUGAAGGAGGAUAUGGAAGAGUCAGAGAAAGAAGAAGGGUAAGAGCUGCAAGAAGAGGAGGAAAUGGAGGUGGAAGAGAAGUUUUGCCUGGAAGAAUGCCUCCAGCAAGGCCAGCACGAAUCAGACUUAUUCAGUUAGAUCCAGGGAAUAUCCCUGAUCAGAGACCAAGAGGGGAUAAUAGAGGAAGAGUUAUGGCCGGGGUAGCAGUUGUAAGAAGAAAGUAUAAAAAGAAAGUAACUAGACCAGCAAAAACAAAUAUCCAAAGACUUGCCCAACAAUAUAGAAACAUGGAAUAA